AUGCGGAAAGAGAUCCUGAACUGCCUACAUGAAGUACACCAAGGUGUGACCAAGUGCAGAAAUCGUGCAAGACAUACAGUCUGGUGGCCCGGUGUUGGGAAAGGCAUUAAACGUUGCGUGGAAUCUUGCGAGUUCUGCCAGAACAACCGACCAGCACAUCGCAAAGAACCUCUGAAGACAACACUGCUACCACCUGCACCAUGGGAGAAACUUGGGAUGGACCUGUGUGAACACCAGGAGAAGCACUUCCUUGUCGUAGUUGACUACUACUACUUUAUCGAAAUCCUUCAACUGCCAUCGACCACCAGCAGAAGUGUAAUCCUGAAGUUGCAGUCGGUAUUCGCACGGUUUAGAAUUCCAAAAGAAGUAGUAAGUGACAACGGACCUCAGUUCUCAUCCAAGGACUUCAAGGACUUUAGUGAAAGUUUCACACACUACGAGCAGUCCUCGAUUCCUUCAGGCCAAUGGUGA